CCACUCUGCGGAGAAGGUGAGGAGUGGUAGCGCGGACGGAGCGCGUGUCUAUAAUCCAGAAGUCUUUUGGUAUGCACAGCAACGACUGACUGCAGAUUCCAUUUACCGCUUUAACUAACUGACUAAUUGCUUGUUGCGUGAACAUAAUGCAACAGCUACUGAGACAUCGGCAAGCGAGGUAGACAGACAGCAACCUGCUGUAAGGAAGCUCUGGGCUAGACAAGGACACACCCGCAUACUGUACCUCUCUGCCCCUCCUCCCUGCCUGCCCCGUUAUGCACAAUACGCUGAUGCACUGAGAGCUACAGCAGACAGUAGCAGCCGGGAUUUAAGGAAUCAGAUGUGUGUUUGUCCUUUUCAUCUCAGCACACAGACGCUGGAGUGCUAUCCUCACUUCAAGAAGGCUGUCGUGACUUCUGGGAACCUGAGGAACCACAGGGUUGACCGACCCAGUAGCACGGUGUGACCCUUAGUGCUCUAGGGUGUCAAGCCCCCUUCCGUGAGGAUUUCCCACCCAGUGGUGCCCUGCCUUCGUGAAAAAGUGCAGGCCUCACCCUCCUGCAUAAUGACUGUGGCCACAGGUGACCCCUCAGAUGAGGCAGCAGCACACCCUGGUCUUCCUCAGGACUAUGACCCCGGAACGGAGCAGGACUGCUGUGAGCGAGUGGUCAUCAACAUCUCGGGUCUGCGUUUCGAGACGCAGCUGAAGACCCUCUCGCAGUUCCCGGAAACAUUACUGGGGGACCCCAAGAAGCGCAUGAGGUACUUUGACCCGCUCAGGAAUGAGUAUUUUUUUGACAGAAGCCGCCCCAGCUUUGACGCCAUCCUCUAUUACUAUCAAUCGGGUGGAAGGUUGCGGCGCCCUGUCAAUGUCACUUUGGACGUUUUCUCAGAGGAGAUCCGCUUUUAUGAGCUUGGAGAGGAAGCGAUUGAGAUGUUUCGGGAGGAUGAGGGUUUUAUCAAGGAGGAGGAGAGGCCAUUGCCUGACAAUGAGUUUCAGAAGCAGGUCUGGUUGCUGUUCGAGUAUCCAGAAAGUUCUGGGCCAGCUAGGAUUAUAGCGAUCAUAUCUGUCAUGGUCAUCCUCAUCUCCAUCGUCAGCUUCUGCCUGGAAACCUUACCCAUCUUCCGUAGCGAUGAGGAGGAGAUGCAUAAAGUCCCAGUUGCUGUCACAAACUCCACAAACACUUACACAUCCGCCUACUUCACAGACCCUUUCUUUAUUCUAGAGACGCUAUGCAUCAUCUGGUUCUCCUUUGAGUUCUUGGUGCGCUUCUUUGCCUGCCCUAGUAAAGCCAACUUCUUUGUGAACAUAAUGAACAUGAUUGAUGUGGUGGCCAUCAUUCCGUACUUCAUCACGCUGGGAACGGAGUUGGCCGAGACAGCAGAGGACGGGCAGCAAGGGCAACAAGCCAUGUCUCUCGCAAUUCUGAGGGUCAUCAGACUUGUACGAGUCUUUAGAAUUUUCAAACUCUCGCGCCACUCGAAGGGACUUCAGAUUCUUGGCCAGACCCUCAAAGCCAGCAUGAGAGAGUUAGGUCUACUCAUCUUUUUCCUCUUCAUCGGAGUCAUCCUCUUUUCCAGCGCAGUCUUCUUUGCAGAAGCUGACGAACCCGAGUCACAGUUUUAUAGCAUCCCGGAUGCAUUCUGGUGGGCUGUGGUUUCAAUGACGACUGUUGGCUAUGGAGAUAUGGUGCCCACAACCAUCGGAGGAAAGAUUGUCGGAUCCCUUUGUGCCAUCGCUGGCGUCUUGACCAUCGCCCUUCCUGUGCCCGUCAUCGUCUCCAACUUCAACUACUUUUACCAUCGAGAAACAGAAGGUGAGGAGCAGGCGCAGUAUCUCCAAGUUAACGUCCCUAAAGCCGAUUCACAAGAAGAGCUGAAGGGAAGUCGAAGUGGAUCCACCAUCAGCAAGUCGGACUACAUGGAAAUCCAAGGAGGUGUCAACAACAGCAACGAGGACUUUCAGGAAGAGAACCUCAAGACAGCCAAUUGCACUAUAGCAAAUACAAAUUAUGUUAAUAUCAAAAAAAUGCUGACAGAUGUCUAGUCAUUUGGGGAGCAGGUACGAAUUGAAUUAUAAAAGGACUAGUAAGCCAUGUUCGAAGGAGGAUUGUGAGGUUGAACACCUCAGUUAUUGUCAUGAGAUUUCCAAUCUCCAAUUCUUUAUUGAAAGUCUAACCGUACAUCUAGGUCCGUCCAUAAUCCAAGUAUUCAUCAAUGUUUGCAUGGAGUCGUCUAUAUCAUCAAACACCUUAUCUGGAUCAGGAGCCAAGUAUUUAUACGGAACUGUGGGACACAAUUAAACAGCACAUAUAUUUCCAUAUAUUCCGUAUAUUUCCGUCAACAUCUUACUCUCAAAGUCAAGCUUCGCCAAAGAAAUGUAAUUUGUGUGCUCCAUCUGCAGUACAUGUAUAUGAUAUAAAGAUUAUUCACAGAAGUUUCACCCACUCUCCUGCUGCUUGUUAAAGAACACCAAUAUUCACAUAGAUUCAAGACAGGUGUCUGUUAUUUUUGCGAUUUUGUAGUGAUCAGGCUGGGAAUGUCAUUGAAAACUGCCUGCUUUUGUGUCGAUAGCUGUGUGGAUCCAAAAUCCGUAUGUAUGGACAACACUUGUAUCUACUCCUUCAAGUUUAUCCUGCUGCAAAGCUUUUCAAGACAAGAUGAAUGUCUCUACAUGUCACAUUUUAUGUUAUUUAUAGUCUACGGCGUCUGGGUUCACUGUCAUUCAGUGGCUUUUCUUUUCUCAUUUCAUGUCAGUUUUUAUUUGCAGUUCUUCAUGAUAAGGAACAUACAAAAACAUAUUAACACAUUAAAUGAAUAAUAAGCAAAAUAACACCCUAGUGCCACAGGAAAAAAAAAGCUUUAUGUAUUUUGUGUAAGAGCAUACUGUUCAGUGUAUAUUCUGCUGGAAGCUGCAGAGGUAGUCCAAAAUGUAGUUGAUAUUCAAAUUACUUUGUCACUUAAUGAGCCAUAUUGUAGUUCACACUUUAAUGUCCCCUAGCAAAUUUGUAGCAAUGAUGUCAGAUUAUUUUUAAUCACUGGCGUGUCUGUCAUCCUGAAAUCAUUUUCAGAUGUUAGAAAAGCCUUGAUAGAGCUUGUUAGACGUUUUGUCUUUUUUACUGCCUUUGAUCGAGAAAAAACACCGGCAUUAUAGUGUUGCAUGCCUCAAAACCAAUUCUAAUGGCAUGGAUUUUAAGCUCAAGAGAAAGUGAUAUACAGAAACUAGUUAGCUAGAAUAUUACGACAAUAUGUAUCUUGGUCUGUAUAUAUACAUAUAUACAUCUAUUUUUAUCUGCAAAGUUUUAUUGUGAUCCAAAGGUGCUGUUUUCAGUUUCAGGUUCUGGAUGUGAGUCAAAGUAUAAAAAGACACUCAGCAUUGCAUUUGGAUGGGCAGUGCAGCAUUAGGGCAUUGAUUGCUGGGACUCUGAUUGUCUUAGCAUCAGGUGACCUUGAAAUCUAGACUUACAUACGUAUCUUAUGAUGAAGAAACUCUAUAAUGCCAAACAACAAUGAAUCGACAGAAAGAAACUAUAGAAGUCAAUACUGGCUUUCUACAAAUGUUUUGGCUCCAACCACGGUUGUUGCAGCCUUUCCUUCAACUUAUAGUUGUUAUCAAGGCAGCAAAAACUCACUGUUUUCAUUCUCUUGACUCUUUAGACACAAAAUCCUGAAACUCUUUAUGGAUGGACUGACGAUUUGAUUUUAUUAUUUGAUGUGGCACAUGACUGUGUACCAUUAGAAGGUUUCUCACCCACAUCCAUUCCAGUCUCUCACCUGGGCUGCAGGUGCCUUUGUCUUUGUCUCUUUUUUUAAGCAAACGUUAUGUGCUGAUGCUGCUAAUUUAGAAGCAGAUACUGCUUUCACAGCUGCUGCUAAUUAUGUUUUCCUUUUUAAAUUCAGAAUAUAGACAGCAAUGCAACACGCACAAUUUGUGUUGGUUUAACAAAGUGUAUAAGCCUGAAUGUUAAACCAAUCUAUCCAAACUGACGCCCCACAAUGCAUAGCCAGUGCCUAAGAAAUGUACUAAACUUGCGUUUGGAUGCUUUAAAGCUGAAGUGUGUCUUUUUUUGAUGUUAAAAAUGUUCUGUAAUCCAUUUGUGGGUUAAUUUCCCCCAAAAGUGGGGCACUUUCAAAUCACUGCUCUGAUGUAUAAGCAGCACGACACAGCAACAAUGGCACAACCAAUGGACUUUAGGGCAAAACUAUCUGUCUGACACGUGGCAGACUGGGAGUGUUUGGAAGAUCUCUUUUGAAAAUCAUUUUUUUAAUUUUACUAGGGGAACAGAAAUGACCCACUUCAGCUCUAAUGCAGGCAAACAGCAGGUUUUCUAUGCAUGAUAUCAGACAGUAUGCUGUUGGUGAAUCACAUGUAUCAUCCUAAUCCAUAUACAUAAACAUUUUCACUGUAACUUUAUAUACUGUAUAAUGUGUGACCAUAAAAUGUAUUGUGACCAUAACAUGUAUUGUGCUUUCGGGGCUAGACCUGGCAGUGUCAAAUGUCAGGGCUAUAACAGUACCUCUUUGAAGCCUUCUUUUUUCCCUCAUUGUACAGGCACAUCUGUGAAACACUGGAAAAACAAGUCAUUGCUUUGCUUGGUGCACCAGUUUCUCGUAUCACAAUUUGGUUUGUGUGUUGAUUUUCUAAAUGUCAUUUGAAAUGCUAAAUGACACCACUGAAUGUCACAAUUUCAUUUCAUAAUCAGUCUAUUGCCACAGUUUCGAAAGGAUGUGCAUUUUUUUUUCUUUUUUUCAAAUAAGAUUUUGUUUAAAAAAAAUGAUGGGGAGAAAAGGUAAAUUCAGUCAAAAUCAUAUAACCAUGAAGUCUCCUUCCAGUACAGUUAUAUUUCUAUUAUUAAUUCAGUAUUCAAUUCAAUUUAUCACACAGAUUUAGAGCAGUAAUAUUUUAUAAUUAAAUUAAAUUACUACUUUUCUCAUAUACAAUGAAGGGGAAAAUGUAGACCAGCACUUGAUUUUAUCUGAAGUUCUGGAUCAUCAAAUGUAGGUGUUCUACACCAGAAGUCCAAUCCAGAUUGCAAGUUUGCCAAAACAAUGUCUAAAUAAGCUAGUUAGUUAUUGGUUAAUGUUAACCAAGAGUCAAAUUGCUAGAAAAGGAACAUCAUUUCAGAGGACACAUUAUUAUUUUUUUGUAAUUAGUUUUUUUUUUUUUUUUUUUUACAAAUCAUACACCAUUAAUCCAGGACCAUUAUUAAGUAAAUGUUUAGAUUUCAUGUUAAAGCAUAAACGCACUGUGUUUAAAAUGCAGUGAAGUUGCACCUGUGAACCAGUGAACUGUUGAACCAUGCUUUGAUUGCCUUUGGCCUUAUGAGUACAUGACUAGGCUGCAGUGAUUGAGACGAGUCCCGUAUCUGUCCAUCCCAUGUUGUUGAGCCUGCAAAGAAAGUCUCUCCUAUUGCUUAAUUAUGCAAUACAGUGUUAUAUGUGUGUGUGUUUGGGCAUGUGUGUAUCCAUAAAGCUCUUCAGACCCUAUACCCUGUGCUCAACAGCCAGACUGAGGGAUAUCUAGACUUAUACAAAAAUAACAGUUGGCAGAGACCUGUAUGAGUCCUAUUUCAACCCAUUCUGGCUGUAGACAAUGAACGUUUUACACUCCUGUUAGUGUGAUCCAGUAUGUAAUAUUCACUCUACAAUGCAGCCAUGUUUUUUUAGGAUGUAACCACUGAAAAACAGUGUCUUCAGUGUUACUGGAUAUAAAAAAGAAAAAGCACUUUACAAGCACCACCAGUGGACAAUCUAUGGAUUGAGUCAUGCAUAUAUCCCUUCCAAAUUAUCAAUACUGCAAAUACAACAAAGAUGAUAUAUGAAACCCAAAAGCUGUGUUGCCUAUUUCUUUCAAUGUUGUCGUGCAUUGUCUAAAUGUCACCGAGAUGCUCAGAGCUAUUUGGCAGAUAAUUUUAGAAAAGGAAAUAAUGACGGCAUUGCAUGUUUUCAGAACACCGGGAGCUUUUUGAUGUCGAUAUUAUUAGCUCAUCCAGAGGAAAAGGUUGGUAGCUUCAAACCAUUCAGGGAGAGGUGCCUGUUGGCAUCUUUGAUUUUACUCCACUUUAAGUGCUCAGUGUAUAGUCCUCUGCACUUUCCACAGAGAGAAGUGUGUGCUAAAAAUAGCCAUUUCGUUGGGAGCAAAAUAGAUGGGGAACUGUAUGUGUCUGAGAGGAGGAUAUAGACAAGGCUGGUGUAGAAA